AGGGCGAUCUAAAACUUGAUUUAGAAGCCGUAUGCUGUUGAGCCAGGCCACGUGUAUUUGAUAGGCAUUUUCAUCCCGUCAUUGAGAGUCAUGCUUAAAAUGUCUUGGGAAAAUACAGUAAAUCAGAGGACGUCAAUACGUUUGAUCUCUUUGAAGAUCAAUGGAGUGGGAGUGAAUGCGUCAUCGUCGACGUCAUCGUCACUACGACAACACAAACGUCGUACAACGCUUUACGAAUACAGUAAACUUGUUAGAUGAGUUGGCGCGCCAACAAGCUUCGACACAGAACAGCCUGGCAGGCACAAAGCGACCAUUCCAGUUAAGAUGACUUAUUGAUUGGGUGGUACAAUUUGUGCAGUCUCGCUGCACUUUGAAGCUUCUUCAGUUAGCUCCUCUUAGCUUAGCUCAGUUUAGCUUGUUAGCUGCGAACAAAGAGACGCGGAAGUGAGCGAGUGAGUCUCAAGUGUGUGAAAAUGUGUAAAGUAGAAAUGCUGAAGGCGUUGCUCAAUCAGCGGCUAAGUGCAGCCGUCGACGAAAUAUUUGGAGUUUUUGCGCGAACGAUAGCAGAGUACGAGGAGGAACUUUGCCGGACAAAAGAGGAGAACGUGAGACAACGUCAAAUGCUGGACGCCGUUUUCAGGCCUCAAGCUGAGCUACUUGCAGCAGAUGUUGGUGAAGAAGCCGUUCCCUCUGCGCAGCAAGAGUGGAGCUCCACGGUGGACCAGCAGGAUCCAGAGGUUGUGCAUGUUAAAGAGGAAGCGGAGGAAGCUGAUAUCGGCAAGUUACCAUCAGCUGGUGUUCCUUUCAAGAGUGAGGAUGAAGAGGAGCAGUCACAACUUCUUCCCCAUCAAAGUGAGCAUUCAAGAUGGAUGCAGCCGCCAAGCAGUAACUCAAGUCAAUGCGCGGCAACAGAAGGCGAUGGAGGCCACCGUGGAGAAUCACAGGCAGACAACUUCUUUGCUCCGCCGUCAGAACAUCACGACAAAAGAACAUCACACUCUCCAGGUGAUGCGGCAUGGCACGCUGACCACACAUAUUUCAAGUGCUCUCAUUGUGACAAAACAUUUGGCACCAAGUACACUUUGACGAGGCACAUGAAAAGUCACACUGCUGGCAAAAAACACUGGAAAUGCUCCCAGUGCGGGAGAACUCUUGGCGACCGGAGGAAUCUGAGAAGACACAUGAUGGUACACACUGGAGAGAAGCCAUUCAUGUGCUCAAUCUGCGGAAAAAGAUUCUCUCAGAAGGCCAACUUGAUCACGCACACGAGAACGCACACCGGCGAGAAACCGUUUUCCUGCACACUCUGCAGCAAACGCUUUGGGGAUCGUUCUGCACUGAUUCAACACAAGAAAACACACGCAGCGGGCAAACAUUUUGCCUGCUCGGUGUACAACCCGAGUUUCGGUGUUCAUUCAAAUUUGGGACAACAUAUGAGAACACACACGGGGCAGAAACCAUCUGCCUAGUGUGCGGAGAAGUUUCUCUCCAAUCUGCACUUUGAGAAGAUGCACCCCAUAUCAGGUCAAACACACAAAACAGGGUAUGUUAUUACAGUUUACAGUUUUUAUUAGUCUACUAAACCUGUGAUAGUAGAUCAACCAGUAAAUCAUGUAUAUCGAUAUAAAUAGAGUGUCGAAGUUGUGCCACAAAUGCCAUCAGUGUCCCAUGUGUGUCGUGUUGUCAAAUGACUUCAAGUCAAGUCAAGCUUUAUUGUCAAAUUUGCUCUGUGUGCAACAUACAGCACAGAUGAAAUUACUUUCCUCUCUCAACCACAGUACAAACAGCAGUGCAUUGAAACACACACAGCUAAAAAUAAAGUCAGCAGUCCGAACUGCAUAAAAAUGAUUCCUCGAUACCGAAAUGUGAAACCACAGUGAAGUUUGUGUACAUCAAGUUUUGAAAAUGAUGCUGUUGUCUCAGUAUCAGCUCAGCUGUUUUGAUACAAAACUAUGCUAUUUUUCUUUAUUAAAGCACACAAUAAAAAUGGUGGAAAAAAUGA